AUGGGCUCGUUAAAGACCAUGUCAGGUGGACUGCUGCUGGGUUUAUGUCUCACCUUGCUGAUAUGGGGAGCUGAGGGACAACGGAACGGACGCGGUAAGGUACGUCAAAAUUCUCACUGCUGAAAAGGUACAGGUUUAAAAUGUAAGCCAAGGUGUUUUUCUCAUGAUAUUGAUUUUCGUGGUUCAUUAUCAUUGGAUUGGCCCAAGGGAAAAUAUACAAUAUUGGUCGUAGUAUUGCCUUUACUGUAAUCUCUCAUGGAAAUACUACGUAAACAUCUGACCAAAUUAUGCAAGAUUGUAGUUCUGGGUUAACUGAGAUUACCUUGACUGCAACAUAGAGAACUUGAAUUGCGCAGUGAAAGAGAAGGGACUUUGCUCAGUAGUCUGUGGGCGGAAAAUAGUAUGUCAGGUCACCCUAAAUCUACUCCAUUGAUUUGAGCUCACCCAUAUUUUGCUGUAGCACUCUAUUAACAUAUUUAUUACUCAUUGUACAAAGGAAAAGACCAUAUGUUCAAUUUAUUUUGCCAUACAUUUGGCAUAAUGUUAAAUAUAUGCACAAGUAUAAUAGUGUGGGUGUGCUGUGCAUAUUCCCUGCCUAUAAGAAGACAGAAUUGAGACUUAGGGGUGUGUAUGUGAACGAAUGAGCAGUAUAUUGAGCAAACUGUAACGUGUCAUGUUUUGACACACAGAAGGAGAUAUCGGGCAGUGGCCCCAUCAACCUUGGCCAACAACAACGAGGCACCUGGUGGCCCCUGAUGCAGACCAGAGAAAACCUGACAGAGGUCAAAAGGUUUGUCUGCUUUACAUGACCAUGAGAAAAAAAAACAGCACUAGGUCCCAUUCCAAUACUUUUAACAUGCACCCUUCCUUCCUUUCUUCAAGUCGAAAGACGAUUGGAUAGGUGUAAGCAUGGUUUACAUGCAUACUCUACCGGUCAAAAGCUUUAGAAUCCCUACUUAUUCAAGAGUUUUUCUUAAUUUUUAAAAUGUUCUACAUUGUAGAAUAAUAGUGAAGACAUCAGAACUAUGAAAUAACACGUAUGGAAUCACUUAGUAACCAAAAAAGUGUUAAACAAAUCAACAUCUAUUUUAUAUUUGAGAUUCUUCAAAUAGCCACCCUUUGCCUUGAUGACAGCUUUGCACACUCUUGGUAUUCUCUCAACCAGCUUCAUGAGGUGUCACCUGGAAUGCAUUUCAAUUAACAGGUGUGCCUUCUUUAAGGUUAAUAUGUGGAAUUCCUUUCUUUCCUUAAUGCAUUUGAGCCAAUCAGUUGUGUUGUGACAAGGUGGGGGGGUAUACAGAAGAUAGCCCUAUUUGGUAAAAGACCAAGUCCAUAUUAUGGCAAGAACAGCUCAAAUAAGCAAAGAGAAACAACAGUCCAUCAUUACUUUAAGACAUGAAGGUCAGUCAAUACGGAAAAUGUCAAGAACUUUAAAAGUUUCUUCAAGUGCAGUCGCAAACACCAUCAAGCACUAUGAUGAAACUGGCUCUCAUGAGGACAAGCCACAGGAAUGGAAGACCCAGAGUUACCUCUGCUGCAGGGGAUAAGUUCAUUAGAGUUACCAGCCUCAGAAAUAGGAGCCCAAAUAAAUGCUUCACAGAGUUCAAGUAACAGACACAUCUCAACAUCAACUGUUCAGAGGAGACUGUGUGAAUCAGGCCUUCAUGGUCGAAUUGCUGCAAAGAAACCACUACUAAAGGACACCAAUAAGACGAAGAGCCUUGCUUGGGCCAAGAAACAAGAGCAAUGGACAUUAGACCGGUGGAAAUUUGUCCUUUGGUCUGGAGUCCAAAUUUGAGAUUUUUGGUUCCAACCGCUGUGUCUUUGUGAGACGCGGUGUGGGUGAACGGAUGAUCUCAACAUGUGCAUUUCCCACCGUAAAGCAUGGAGGAGGAGGUGUUAUGGUGUGGGGUUGCUUUGCUGGUGACACUGUCUGUGAUUUAUUUAGAAUUCAAGGCACACUUAACCAGCAUGGCUACCACAGCAUUCUGCAGCGAUACGCCAUCCCAUCUGGUUUGGGCUUAGUGGGACUAUCAUUUGUUUUUCAACAGGACAAUGACCCAACACACCUCCAGGCUGUGUAAGGGCUAUUUUACCAAGAAGGAGAGUGAUGGAGUGCUGCAUCAGAUGACCUGGCCUCCACAAUCCCCCGACCUCAACCCAACUGAGAUGGUUUGGGAUGAGUCGGACCGCAGAGUAAAGGAAAAGCAGCCAACAAGUGCUCAGCAUAUGUGGGAACUCCUUCAAGACUGUUGGAAAAUCGCUCCAGGUGAAGCUGGUUGAGAGAAUGCCAAGAGUGUGCAAAGCUGUCAUCAAGGCAAAGGGUGGCUAUUUGAAGAAUCUCAAAUAUAAAAUAUAAUUUGAUUUGUUUAACACUUUUUUGGUUACUACAUGAUUCCAUAUGUGUUAUUUCAUAGUUUUGAUGUCUUCACUAUUAUUCUACAAAAGAGUACAAAUAAAGAAAAAACCUUGAAUGAGUAGGUGUUCUAAAACUUUUGACCGGUAGUGUACAUAACAUCGUUUCCAUAACAUCAAAAUGUUUGACUCCUUUCCUGCACUAUAACUUCUACUUCUAGAUCUCUGUGCUCUAUCAUACCAACCGUCCAUUUUACUAACCAUCCCUUUUCUAACCAUCCAUUUAGCUAACCAUCCAUUUUGGCAAUGAGAAACGACCACAAUAUUCACUCUAAGUAACUGUCAGUCAAAGUAGCAACUAGGAAGACACAUGAAUGACUACUGAUAGACUUCUUUCCCAUGUCUUUGGUCCACAGCAUCAAGUCCAUGUUCCAGUUCCGGACGUUUGACCCCGAGGGGGUGGUGUUCUACGGGGACACCAGGGAUGGAGAGGACUGGUUCGUCCUGGUCCUGAGGAAUGGCAUCCCCGAGAUGCAGAUCGGGAAAGCAGACAUCCUCGUCAGUGUGCAAGGGGGACCCAAACUCAACGACGGCAAGUGGCAUCUGGUAAGCCAGGUGACAUUUGCUCUGCAUUAUGGGUAACCUAUAGAAGCCUGGCACGCAAGGCUUGGUGGCAAAUCAGGUGUGUACCAGUCAUUUCUAAUAGACCUGUGUGUAAUGCAUUAUGAAUGCAUUUAUUGAGGCUGUUAUGAGGAGCAAUGAGCUGUUAUGAAGGGUGAAGGCCUAUAGCAAUGUGAAAGAAAGCACUUUAAAUUCAUUAUACACGAGUGUAUCAAAUGUAUUGGAGGCUUAAUCACAGCUGACAUGAUACAUUUCUAUGCUGUGAUAUACAUGCUAUACUGUAUUUCUGGUUCUCCAUGCGUACUGUAGGUGGAAAUCAGUAGCCAGGGGGAUUUUGUGGUGCUGGAGGUGGACGGCCAGAAGGGGUUGGUGGUGGGACUGAAGUCCAAAGAGACCAUAGAGGUUCUGACAGGCCAGAUCCGCCUCGCCCUCGGGGGAAUCCUGGUCAGCCUGGACAAGCUGCUCAUCCCGGUAUGCCGGAGCUAUUUGUCUGUCGUUUGGUGUAGAGGGGAAUGAUUAACUGAACAUUGAAAUGGACUGGUCUCAUUUAAAAAUUUGUGUGUGUGUGUGUGUGAGCAUGCGUGCGUGCUUGUGUCUAAUUGCUAGCCUUAAUGUUUGUGUGCGUGUGUCUCUGUGUGUGUGUGUAAGUGUGUGUGUGUAUGAACGGUCCUUAUACUGUACUUGUGUGUCUGGGUGGUCUCCAGUUCCAGCCGGAGAUGGAUGGAUGCAUCCGGGAGGGGAACUGGCUAAACCUGAGCACCCCCUGGGAGACAGAGUUGAUUGGGGAGCCCUGGCCCUGCUACCAGAACAUCCAGCCAGGGAGCUACUUCUCCGGAGCUGGACUGGCUGCAUUCAACACCACAGGUACAUUUAGGGAAACUAAUGUGGGGCACACACAAUAAAGACUGGUGACUCUCUAAGAACAAAUUAGCUAAUAAAUUCAGUAGCCAACAACAAAACGCUACUCGUCUAGGAUCCAAUCAGCAUCCUUUUGUAUAUUUAACUGAAGUGAAGCAACUGAUCCCUAUUCUAUCUUCUGUAAUGUCUACACCUGUUGUAUUCGGCGCAUGUGGCAAAUAAAAUGUGAUUUGAUAAAGACAGCCACUAUAUACCAAAGGAGGUCUGAUGGUGUAGUGAAAAGGUUGUGAAGCCACACAUAGCCUAAACUGUACUGGUUCUACCCAAUUUACCUGUAUAUGUCCAUACACAGAUGUAGAAUCUUAAUUGGAUCACCCUGUUGCAGGAGAACUUUCCUGCAAUGCAGGAAAUGUUACACUUGUAGUGUAUUUGAGGUUUAAAAGGCUUCUGAAGUUUGUAAUUUCCACUUUGAAAUUUCAGGCUUGAUUUUCCCUUAUAAUUAUAAUCCACAUAAUAAUUCAUAUUUCCUGUUGCUGCAGGAUUAUUUUCCUGCUGUAGCAAACUGGCUCAAAUUAAGAUCCUACAUCUGUAUAUUCAAAUAUUGGGAUUGAUUUAUUAAUAUCUGUCCCACUGUAGACCUCCCUGGCCACCAGACAGAGGAUAGUGGGAUUACUAUUGACAUCCAUGGAGACUCCACUAAGAUGGAAGGAACAGUUCUGAGCUUGAAGACCCCUGGGCAGGAAUUGCCCAUGGUAACAGUGAAAGUCAACAACAACCCUAAGGUACCAAUCCCACCAUUCUAAUUUCAUGACAAUAUGAAUGUGGAUUUCAGCAUGUAAACAGUCACAAUCAUAGUUUGUAUUCAUGGUUCUUUGACCAGUGCAAUACAAAUUUGAUACAAAUGUGCAUCUAUGCUUUCCCCCUUUUGUGUGGCAGAAAGUCACACUGACCAUCUUCAAGCGUGAGUCCAUCACCAAACAGAGUUUCAGCAGACUGUACCUAACCCUGUUGAAGAAUCAAGUGAACAUGGACAUCGAUGACACGCACCUAACCUUCAAGAUCGACAGUAUACCUGACAUUCCUAGUAGCUGGAAAGAGGGGAUGAUCCUAGCAUUUGGGGGGCUUCCAGGUGAGUUUGUGAGGAGAUACUUUAAGUGUUUUGAGGAUUCACAGGUACCAGAGGAGGCUGGUGGGAGGAGCUAUAGGAGGACAGGUUCAUUGUAAUGGCUGGAAUGGAAUAAGUGGAAUGGUAUCAAAUGCAUCAAACAUAUGGAAACCAGAUGUUUGACUCCGUUCAUUCCAGCCAUUACAAUGAGAGCGUCCUCCUAUAGCUCCUCUCACCAGCCUCCUCUGACUGGUACCAGAUUUAUUCUAAUUAAAGUUACAGCUAACAGGCGUCUAGACACAUAUUGAUGCUGCAGAAUCUUGAAAUAUUGUUUAUUUUCUUCCUCUCUCUAUCCCCCCUCCCCUAACCUUUCUGUGGUUCCUCCCGCUCUCAGGUGAUGGAGUGUCCUACAGUAGCAUCCAAUACCUGAAGGGCUGUCUGGAGAAGAUCCAGGUCCAGGGACAGGCUGUGGAUCUGGACCGGGCUCUGUACAAGGACCUCUCCGUCUCCUCCCAUAGUUGCCCCUCAGAAGUCUGA